CCCAGUUCAAAAGGGUCUCCGCCGCUCCCAUCAAUUUUCCCUUUUCAACCCAUCCCAACCCCCACGCAUUCGACACGCGCGAGGGUCAAGCUUAGAAGCUUUGACGCACCGCAACAUCGGGAUUCCAUCGAUUGCCCGGUCGUGCUAUCACGGUCGCAAGUCGCCACUGGUCGGCGAUUGCAUUUGUGUCGAUUUUUUGCCGAACUGCUCGAGAGAGAACAAGUGGUUCGCGACCGAAAUCGAGCAAAGAUGGGUCUUCGAUUGUACCAGCCGCCGGUUGAAUCCGACAUUCCGGCCAAGCCCACGAUUGAUAGGGCAGCACUAUCGCGGUCCACUAUCCGUCGUGUCCUCGAUCGAAACGAGGACCGAUUGCGGGAGCGGCGCCGUCGCGUGCUGGCAGCCGCCGCCGCCUACAACAGCUUCGACGCCAGGCGCGGCUUGUCCGCAGUGGAGCCACCGGCAAUUCCUCCCGCGACGACCGAUAGCAGUGGGACAAGAUCGGGUUCCGAGCAUGGCCGCCGCGCGCUCCGCGAUGCCGCCAACCGCAUGAGUCUGCUCGACGAGCGGCUCGCCGCCGUGUUUGGCGAGCGCUGGACUAAUCUUCACACCGAGACGAACCCCAGCCCGUUGCGCGAUGAGGACAACAACCCCUCACCCAUGCUGGCGAUGGCGGUUGACUCCGAAUUCCUGCCUCGCCGCAGCAGACUGCGCCCUGAGCCAACGUAUACCUUGUCCAGCAUCAGGUCCACGCAGGCACCCGAUCAUCCCUCCCGCAGUGCGACACGGUCUCCGGUCGGCACGUCGCGCUCCCGCAGACAGGGGGGCCGGUGGAUGGACAGCAUCUUGCGGGCCGACUCGCGCCAGUCCCUGAACGGUCCCGGUGAGGGCUCGUGGUCGCGCCCGACUGCCCCCAGCAACCGGCCGUGGACCCACCACACAGGCCUCGGUAGCCUUGGUGCCGUCGAUGGCUUAGGCGACCGUAACAGGAGCCUGAGCCCGGAGGGCGACAAUGUCUGGGACACCCUCCUGAGCACUCUGACCCCCGACCCGCAGCCGCCCAGCGUCGGGUCGUCGUUUGCCUCCGCCACCGCGUCGGCCUCGGCAGCAGCCACCCAGAGCAACGCGACCGCCUCGUCAAGGACGUCGUUCACCACGCAGGAUACGGCUGAAGAGUCGGCAUUCGAUCCUCCGUGCGACUCGGGAUGUGACAAUUCCGACACGGAGGGUGACAACGACGAGGACGAGAUGGACGCGAUCCAGCCGCCCCGCCGGCGUCGCACCUACGCCGAGGUGGUCCGCGACAGCAACGACGACCCGCUGGAGCUGCUCGGCGGCAUCGGGGGCAUGCAGCGCAUCGUGCGCAACCUGGCCCGGCGCGAAGACAUCCCCGACGAGUGGUGGGCCGAAGUUGGUCUGAGCCGGACCCUGUCCCGCGAGGCCUCAUCAAAUUGAUUAUUUUUUUUUUUUUUUUGUUUUUUUCCUUUUUGUGUUCUCUUUCUCGUCUUCUGUUGACUACGGAGGAGCGGCGUGUUUCGCCAACAAAAGAUA